GAGGUUUGUUAUUUUAUCUAUCAUUCUUUGCUUUUCUUCUUUUGAUACUAUAGGAUGAUAUUAUUUUUCAAAUAAUUAAAUUUAUGUAUAAAUAAUAUUAUAUUAAUUAGAAUAUUAUGUAUAAAUCUUCAUGGGAGGAAAGACAUUGAUCGAUUGUGUAGAGCUUUACAUACAGGUCGUUCCCAGUUUAAAUAUCAAAACAUUGGGAGCGUGUAGGCGAUACAAAAAGUCCUUUGAAGAUUUGUUCGUUUCUACUACAUUUUGAAGAUCGCGAAGAAGGCCAAAUGAAAAAGUUCGUUUUUUUAAUUAUUUAUUAACAUUUAUUUAUUCUGAUAGCUGUAAUUAGAGUGUUCAAUGUUAGAUGUAAAAAAAAUUAUUUAAACAUUAUUUUUGUAAAAUAGAUGAUAACGUGAAUAAAUAAGUGAAAAAACGAAAACUUUUCUGCUUCUUCUUUUUCUUUUCGUUUUUCUCCAAAAUGAAGCAAAUCUCUAAAGGUCCUUUCUUUUUAACAUAUUGGUCCCUUACACGCUCCCGAAAUUUUGAUAUUUAAAUUGGGUACACCCUGUGUAUCCACUUACAUAGUAUAUAAAUUUGCAAUGUUGAUAUGAUAUUAAAGUUUAAUACUAAUUUUUGUUACGAGCAGAUAUGUAAGUACUGUUUAUACUCUUCGGCUGUAAACGGAAAAGGGUGUUCAUAUUAGUUUCAAAUAUAUAUGCGUUGAUAGACUGUAAGUAUAAAAUAAACGAAUAUCGUUUCUCUUAAAACGCAUAUUGUUUUUAUUUAUUUUCUCGUGUCGUUAACAAAUUUUACAGAAUAAAGGCAGAUAUUUUAAUGUUAUGAUAAUUUGUGAAAUUCGGGAGUGUAAAAAGUAAGUAUUAUAAUUUAAAAUAACUUUCUAUAUUGUAAUUUCACACGUUGUAUAUUUUCUAGGUCAACACGUUGAUUAAGAAGUGUCGAUAAUGUUUCAAAAAUAUCUAAAACCGAAUAAUGUGUUUCGUUGAAAACGAAGAUACAUGUAGAAUACAAGACGAAGGCUAUUCUUUCUUGAAAUCAACGCAGCACUUAACCUCGAAGAACAAAGCCAUCGCUCCUAAACAAUCGAAAGACCAAUUAAGAGCUUCUCGCAAACCAUCGAGUAUUCUUCAAAGAAGAAUCGCGUUUCGAGCUUCGAAGAAUCGCAAACAUAGAAGCAACAGGCGUGUGAACAACUCUUCUAAUCGCGCAGAAACGAAAAGUAUUUCAACCAAUAACACAAACUCCAAACAUAGGAAAAUAAACGACGACGAAACGAUUUCGUCGAAAAAUCCUACAAAGAAAAAGUUAUGUCUAAAUUUCAACAAUUGUUCGAAUCAAUUACAAAAUAACGAGAAACAAAGUACACAACAAGAAGAUCUGUAUAAAAAACUCAACGACGGUACUUAUACCUGUGAUAUCUGCCAAACGACCUUCGAACAGAAGAGCAAGAUCCUCCGUCAUAUUACCAGCAAGCACAGCUUCCACCGACCCUUCAAAUGUUCAACUUGCGACAAAACCUUCAAGUACAAAUGCGACUUGAAAGCUCAUCGUCUAAUCCAUCAAGACAUCGACUCCAGUUUAUUGCAUUGCUGCGACAAAUGUGAUUAUCGUACGAAGACGAAGAACAACCUCAAGUCCCAUUACAUUAGAAGGCACACGGACGAUUAUAAAUUCGCGUGUGAACACUGUGGGAAGCGUUUCAAAAUGGAAUGGGACUUGAAAUUCCACAUUGGAACUCACAGCAAUUCGCAGCACAUGUGUGACAUCUGUGGAAAAUUUUACACGAGCAACUAUUCUUUGUAUAAGCACAGGAAAGUAGCUCAUUUGAACGAAUAUAAGUUCCAAUGUAACGUUUGUAAUAAAAGGCUCUUGACACAGGAGAAUUUAGACAAUCAUAUGCAACAACACAGUAGAACGUACGAGUGUAAAGACUGUGGAAAGGUAUUUGCGUCAAAAAGGUAUCUAGCGACUCAUAUGACUACACAUACAGGCGUGAAACCGUAUACUUGUCAUAUUUGCAAGAAAAACUUUAGAACCUCGCAUAUGAGAAAUACGCAUCUUUUAACGCAUUCUACGGAAAGGCCACAUAUCUGUGAUCUUUGUGGACAGUCCUUUAAGAGAAGAUAUUAUAUGAUAGAGCAUAGAAGGAAACAUCCUGACGCUCAUUUGUCUUCACCUCCUGUGCCUCUUGGGAAAAAGAAAAGCGUUACCGACACUGUGACUGAAUGCCAAGCAGAGAUUUCGCUGUAAC